GUUUCUUGCCGUCAGGCACUUGUACAAGUCUCUGCUCUUAACUGACCCUCAACUGACGCCUUGCUUUUGGCGCUACUUUUGCGAUGGACCUAGAUGAGCCCGUCCUGGAGUCUGCGUGUGUUGAGCGAUCUGCAUCCGUCACUGGGCCGACCCGAUCAUUGUCGACCACAGUCGCGGUGACUCCUACCGUCGACGACGAUGCGCAGCAAGCGCAGCCCUACGAUGACGAUGAUGAGGAAGACGGGGCUGCAAGCACGGGGCGACGUUCGGACGAUGAAGACGAGCCCAGUACAGCGGAGCCCACAUCUGGGUUGGAGGUCCCUGUUGAAACGUUGAUGGAACUCAAAGCAACUCCACCUUCCGCCCCUCAGCCCGACGGCGAAAGCGUUGAAGCCAUUGAGGCUGCGGUGGCGAGCCUAACCUUGCAGACGCAAAUGCUUCAGCAACAGUCACGUCGGCAGCAGAGCGUUAGCACGACGAACCAGCAAGCAGCAACACCACCGGAAGCCGACAACGCCGUGAUACCAGCCCAACAACCCAGCCAAGAAGGAGCGGGAGAGCCUGACGCCGAAGCGACCGCCAGCGCCUCCACAUCCUCUGCCUGUGACGAUGAGGGCACCCAAUGGCACACAUACCCCAGACAUUUCUUCAUCCUUAGCUCCGCCGGGAAACCCAUAUACAGCUACAACGGCGACGAGAAGUCUCUAGUGGGCCUUACGGCCCUCAUCUCUGCGCUUGUUUCUGUCGUACAAAGUCAAGGAGAUGCCGUACAACACAUACGCUCGGGCUCCACGCUCAUUGUCUUCAAGCUUCAUGGGCCACUCUAUUUUGUCGCGGCAUCCAGUCUUGGCGAGCCAGCUACAGCGCUACGGAAGCAGCUGGACUUGUUGUACGGGCAGCUGGUGCUCAUCGUUACAAGUGGCAUCGAGCGCAUCAUCCAGCGGAAUCCCUCGUACGACGUGCGAUCCUUACUCGACGGCGUGGGCGGCGUGCUGAGCUCCCUCGUGACGCUGCUGGCCGCCGACGCCUCCUACCUACUGGGAGCGUACAAGCCGCUGCCGGUGCCUGCCGCUGACCGCAUCGUGGUUUCGGAGCUGCUUUCCGAUGCCGUACGGCAAUCCGGAGCCGUGUACGGCCUGCUGAUGGCUGACACCCACUUGGUGUCCUUGUGCCGCGCCAGGCAGCAGCCGCAGCCGCACCCGGAUGACCUGCUGCUGCUAGCCAACUUUGUCAUGUGCAACAACGCCUACAGGCAUGGUCACGGUGAGGCCUUCUCGCCGGUGUGUCUCCCGCACUUCAACUCGGACGCCUUCCUGCACGCCUACAUCCACUACCUGGACGCCUCGUCUGGUCUGUACCUGGUGCUGCUGUCGGGCAGUGCGGAGUCCUUCCACCAGCUCUCAGCGGCGCGCGUGUGGCUGGAGGAGCAGGCGACUGCGCGGGGGCUCAUGCCGCGACUGCGGGCGCUGCGCCCCCCGCAACACCCGGG